GUAGACGAUCCUAUACAGGACCAGUGUGUCGUUGUCCUUUCCAACAACAUUGACGGGUUGUCUUACAAUGGUAUGCCGUGACUGGAGAUGACAUAUACCGAAGAGACAAUGAAGGGGACGUGGUGUACGGGAAAACCAAUUCGCGGAGCGCUCUUCACGGUUGUCCAACGCAACCUGGCUCAGAACAAGAUUGACAUCGUUGAUUCGUUGAACUAUAUGAGGAGAUUUCAUUGGAUGUAUCGCGCUGCGAGGGAGAUCAACGAUCGGGUCUGUAUGGUGAGCGUCCAAUGCAUCCUCAUUCCAUGUUCUACCGCGGCUGACUGGGGUAGGCUUGGGUGUAUUGCUCGCUACUCUCGAUCUACGCAAGCAAUGCAACAGCGAACGCACGGAUGGAAAUGCACAUGCACAUGCCCCCAGUGACAUGCGCCAUCGACCUCUUCCACGUUAUGUACAAGCUAACUUCACGUUACUUGCCUUGCGAAUCUGGUACAGCGCUAUAAAGAUCCCUCUUCGAUGGUCCGAUGGGACUAUUAUGUAGUGUGUGCAGUAU